AUGUCGUUCUUCCACAAAGCGCAAGGAACUGUCGUGAACGAUUGUCGCUUCUCAGUAUCCGGCGACAUUCGCACCACUCAGGACGACCGCCAGCAUCUGAUGCACAGUGUCCACCGGAGAUCCUUCAGGGAAGGUGAUCGCUUGCAUCUUGGCGACCAGUACCAUGGCACGGUCGGUUAUGUUCAGCGCUCAGGCGAACACUACGCCCAAGACCACGAUCCUACAUUCGAUUCCAUUUAUAGCACUCGCCGAGAAUUCACAGGAGCGCGUCGUCGUUCUGAGCAAAGGGAUCAUCGACCACGCCGAUCAAUUGAAGCUCCGGGCUCAUAUAGCCAUCUACUCAGUGCAGCCGCCACCUCACCAAGCCUGCCACAGCAGGAGCCCUGGCCUCCAUCGUCCUUCCCUUCCGCCCACGGGACGCCUCCUUACUGCCCUCCAGUGGACUCAGACAUCUCCAGCGAAGACACGGAUGAAGAUGACCAUCCUCCGGCAUUUCGGCUGCUCCCGUUGGUCCAUGGUACGAGCCCACCUAUGACCCCGCCUGAUUACCCCAUUCGCGCACCCAAUGGCGUACCGUCCGCUCAAGAUUCACCCUAUCAAGGCUACACCACCGCCCGACCACCCCUUCAGGCUAAACCGGCAAUGUCUGGGGGAUUUGAGUAUCACCAAAUCUCUCGGACAAUGACUAUGCCGGUGCCUGAGCACUAUGGUCCACAAGGCGGCUAUCUGGAACCACCUCCUAUAAUUCAGCGACAGCCCUCGAGUCCUGCAUUCUUUAUCGCUCCAUCCGGAGAAGGAUCAGCGUCGGACUGGGAUUCGCAGUCCGCGACGGAGGAUGAAGUACGGGGGCCAACUCAAUACUCGUCGCAACACUACAGUUACAGUCGUAGGCGGUCCCACUAUUAA